AUGUCAAAGAAGAUCAUAGUUUGGAACGAAGAGGCAAGGCAAUUAUACAGAGAGAGGACGGAGGAAUGGAAUGAAACCGAGGACCAGAAAAUGGAGUCGGUGGAUAGGAAAUGGGAGAAAUUAAAAAACGGAAUCCUUGGAGCCUUAGUGUAUAAGGAUAUUAAGGUAAAGAAGAGAAGGAAAAUAGGGCACAAAGAUUGGUGGGAUAGGAGUUGUACCAGAAAGAAGAGGGAGGUGAAAAGAAAGUACAGAAGGUGGAGAUGUGGAAAGGGAAGUAAGGAAGACUAUUUGGAAGAAAAGAAAUGCCUGAAGGGGUGGUUAGAGAGCAAAAGGAUGGAGAAGAGAAUGAGGGAAGAAGAGGAAUUAAGAAAACUGAAGGACAAAAAGAAAAUUUGGAACUAUAUAGACAGUCGAAGAAAGAAAAAAGAAUGGAAAGAGAAUAAUAUUCCGAAAAAGAACUGGAGAAGUUAUUUCAUGGAGCUGUUAGGUGGGACCGAGAUGGUAGGAAGAGAAGAGGCGUUGGAGAUGCGUGCCAUGGGAACAGAAGAAAGAAAUGAAGAGCAGGUUCAAGAUACAGAUAGAGAGCUGCAAGAAGAGGAAAUAGUGAGGGCAGUCAGGAACAUGAAGCUAGGCAAAGCUGCAGGUGUCGAUGGAAUCCCAAUGGAAGCAUGGCUGUAUGGUGGCGCAGCGGUAAGAGGAGGUCUAAUUGAUCUGCUGAAGCUCAUUUGGAAGGAAAGCAAAAUUCCGACCGAAUGGAGAACAAGCAUAGUUGUCCUUUAUAAAAGAGGGGAUAAAGAGCGAACAGAGAACUACAGAGAGAUCUCGCUGCUGUGCACUGCAUACAAGGUUUAUGCCGAAAUUCUAAGGAACAGAUUGGAGGAAAUAAUGGAGAGGAAAGGGAUGAUACCUGACAGCCAAGCCGGCUUUAGGAAGGGAGGUCCACGAUGGCUAAUAUAUUUAUCUUGA